AGUAUUUUCUCUUUCCGAAAGAAAUUAUUGUUACCUUCUUGAUUCUACGGCAAGGACAGGAUUAUACUUUUCGAUUAAACAAAUCAGAUUCAGUGACCGCUCGUGAAAUUGCGGUUUGCUUAGCUCUUUCAGAAUGUUUUCACAACAAUCAUUUUUAAAAGUUAUUUGGCCUCUCUUUUUAUGGACUUUCAGUGCUUCCGCUCAAAAUAUCGAUUUCUAUGUAACAACUCCGGGCAGCUCAGAAAAAGAAACUGACGCUGACGUAGUGAGCAACGAUGCUUUCAAAAUGAUAUGCAAGUACAAAGCUACGAAUAAGCAGUCAAGAUUAUGCGAAGCACUGUGGAUUUAUGGAUCAGCAGAAAAACGGCUGGCCGAGUUUUACUCCAGGGAUGGUACGGGAAGAAUAGGAGAGUCAUAUGAAGCAAUGGCCAAGACCAGUAUGAAUGUUACUUACGAGAUCAGCUCAGAGGGGACGGAGCUGAGGAUAGAGCUCGACGUGUUCAGGGCCACCAAAAGCCUCUUCGAUUUUCCAUCCUAUUACUGCAGAUGCGUCAAUGUCAACACAGCCCAAGGGCACGUCUCACUUAAAAUCCACGAACCGACAGCUCCAAUCAAAAUGAAGGUGUAUCAAGAGCCUUCACCUCCUUAUUUGGAGGGUCAAAUUGUAAAGCUAAGCUGCUCAUCAGAAGCAUGGCCGUCCACCACAAAGUAUGAGCUAGAAGCCAAUCAGAUCCCCAUAUAUGAAAAAACAGAGAACGAAUCACUAACUGGGAUUGAACAUCAAAUUAAGAUUGACAAUGCUGUCCAUGGAAACAUAGAAUGUGUGGCCACAAACAAAAUAGGAAGCAGUAGGAAACAAUUCGAAGUAACAAUUCAUGCGAAACCUGCCCUAUCCAUGUCACGAAGUCCUCCAAACGACAUCAGAGCGGACACUCGUGUGACAAUAGAGUGUCACUCACUUGUCCAAUCAGCUGCAAUUAAGUCACUUUCACUGCUGCAAAAUGAGAGUGUUGUAACAGAAGUGAGAAAAGAGCCGUUUGAUGUAACUUUUGAGGUUAACUACUCAAGAGCUAUGGCUAGUUCGCUCUUCAAAUGCCUCCUCGUUCCAUUCCAUUACCCCCUCAUGCAGCAAAGUCGGACAGUUGAUUUCAUAUAUGGGCCAAUUGUGUCUGUGACAAGUGACACUGUUCGAGUUAAACAAGUAGAGGAGAGGGACUCCUUCUAUCUAGUCUGUUUGGUGCAAGGAAGCUCAAAACUAAUCACCUCUUUCGCCCAGUCAUGCUCCUGGACAGGACACGGAAUCAGUGCAAACUUGGUCGAGUAUUUUGAAAUUGAGAGCGAAAAACUGCAGCUUAAAGUCAGACUAUAUGCUUCAAUGUUGAGAGUGGGCUUCCACGAAUUCAGAUGUCAGUGCAAUAUUGACCUAGUCCAAUAUCUGACUAACAAUGUUGUCAGAGUACAGAUAUUCAAUACGCAAUCAAUAAAAAUCACGACAUCUUUGUUAAAUGGGUGUUAUACAGAGGAGGAUUUCACAAUUGGCUGUGAAACAGAAGGUGCGCCUGCUGUAUCGGAGGUUUCGUUGACAAAAAACGAAACAGAGUUGAGAUCAUCUCUUGGGCAGCCACUUGAUGUCGAAAUUUUUACACCGGAAAGAAUUUCGGCUCUUGAUGGACAAACUGUGAAUUUCCAGUGUGAAUUAUCGUACAUCUCUGUUGCGACUCCUCGAAAACUGAUUGAUCAAAUAGUUUUGCCCAACUGUGAAAUCAGCAUGGAAGGUCUCCAGCCGUCCUACAACUUCAACAUGGAGGCUCCUCCGAGCUCAUGUUUUCUUAGUGUGCUGAUCAAGGCUACAGGUGUCUUAUCAUUUUACCAAGUCACUUGGACUGUAGAUGAAGUAAUGUUUACGAGGCCAGUCUCGAAACUGUCCGAAAGCCAACUGGCUUCCAACUUCACCUUGGAACACAUCGAUCUCUCCCUUCACGCUACUAAAGUCAUUGUGCAGAUCCAGGCUGAUGGCUUCCCAGUGCAGAAAAGAGAAAGUCUGCUCCUAUUUUUCUUGAAAGCCAACUUCUUCGACUGUUUCGACGUGCAAGCAGCAAUAGGAUCCGAGGCGAAACUGGUUUGGAAAUUUGACGCCUUCCCUCUGCCCACCACGACAGAGAUAGAAGUGGAGAAGGAUGGCAUCUCACUGGACCACACCCAACCCCACUUGGCACACUCUCUGCAGCCAGUGAGUGAGUCAGAGGCCUCCUUCGAACUCCUGGUGCCAGUCAACUCUGAGAGAGAUUACGGCACUUACGUUCUCACAGUGACCAACAAUGCUGGAUCUACCCAAAAAUCUCUGCUUCUCAACUAUACGGUGAAUCCCCUGUUGCCGAUGCUGAUUGACUUCAAGCCCAUAUCUCCUAAGGAGACCCUGGUGGUUUGGCACAUGAGGGAGGAGAAUUUGGGCGGCAGCACAGACUUCUUCCAACUGAAGACAUGGGACACUGACAGUGGAGACCCAGAGCCGCUGGAGGAGAAGAUCCAGUCUUCCUCCAGUGAGGAAGUGAGGGACUACUCGUGGAAGCUGACUGGCUUGCAGAGGGACAGAGUGUACAUCGUGCAACUGAGGUCCUGCAACAACCAAGAACUCUGCAGUCCAUGGUCAGAGGAAAAAGUGCUCAACAUGUCGGACCCUGUGAUGCUGGGGCUACUGGGGGGUGAGCAGCAGGUUGAGUCAGCAAGGGCCUCCGCCGUCCUCAUAUCAUUCUUCGUAGUCAUCGCAGUCUGUGCUCUCCUCCUCACUGCAGCCGCCCUCUUCAUAUCCAGACGCAAGUGCAACGAGAAGAAAAUGAAAGAAGAGCGUUUGGCAUCCAGAAGCGCCGAUGGCUAUGCAUCGAUGCCUUCGCGGACUGUGAUGAGGAUCCCUCCACCCUCUCCUGCCAACACCAGGAGCUACAGCACACUAGACUGGUCCAACACGUAUCGUCCUGUACUUGAAUUCGAAAAUCAGCAUCCGAAGACCCCUGUGCCACCUAAAAAACAAACAGACGCUGAGAUUCAAACACAGAGUGAUCCAGAUCUUCUGGAGCAUAUUAAUCGGGUGAACAAGAAGCCACCACUGGCUUUCCAGAAUUCGAGUCGCAAGCUUUCUGAUGGAAGCAACGGAGGCUCCUCAGUCGGAGAAUACCCGCCCUUCAUGCUGACCACGCCCAGAAAGGGGGGACCUGUGAAUGACCCAAACGGCUUAAUGUACACAUUCAGCCCAAGUGGCAGCUACCCAUUUGACCACAUAGACACCACUGAUGCAGACGAGAGAGUGAUGCAACAGCAGACCCCCAUUAGUCCCCCUCUGGCAGGAGAAGAUGGGGAAGGGGAGGGGGAGGGGGAUGACGAAGGGGACGAGUUGGAGGGAGCACAUCAUCAGGAUGAAUAUGAUGACUCACCAUAUUCUCAUCUUCACCACAGAGUCCAAUCCCAACACCAACCGGAUCACUCAUCCAGAUCACCAUACGCAAACACUUCUCCACGCGGAAUGUUUGCAGCUAAUAACUCGACAACACUGUCCAGAACAGGAAAAAUCUGAUAUCCAAUUUAUGCUUGGCAAAAGGAAGUACGAAGUUCUAUCAACCUAAUGAACAAGGCGGAUAUUGUGGAUUUGGGCAGAAAUAAGCAGAUAUCCCAGAGCAAACAAAGACCAAGAACUGACAUCCGAUAAAUUCUGUUCAUAAAAUGUAUUGCAGAAAGUUCUAUUGCAUAAACUUUUUAUUAAUAUUUUCAAAUUUUGCUCAAAAUUAUAAAUUUGUUGUUGCUCCGCUUCUCAGCAAAUUGAAUCGAUCCAUACUUCAAUUGGUCUGAUUGAAAUAUAUAUAAAAAAGAAACAUCAUCUAAUUGUUCCACAAAACUUAAAUGCCUAAAUUGUUGUUA